AUGUCUUUUUCAGCUUCGGUUCCAGUGAUGACUUCGAUUCCACACAUCCCAUCUAACUCAAAGCGAUGCUAUGCAAAUUUUGCUCCUAGCAUUUGGCAAAAUACUUUCUUGAAAUAUGCUGAUUCUAAAUCUUUGGAAGUCAGUGAAACCAUGAAACAAGAAGUUCAAAAGCAUAAGGAGAAAGUGAAAAUGAAUUUGUCUUCUAAUGACAACAAUAUCUUACAAAAACUAAACUUAAUUGAUUCAAUUCAAUGCUUGAGUAUAUCUUCUCAUUUUGAAGAUGAAAUCGAUGAAAUAUUAGUUCAAAUUCAUAAUAAUUUUGCCAACAAUAGUCUUACCAUAGAAGAACGUAACCUUCACUUUACUGCAUUAUUUUUUCGUCUGCUGCGACAAAAAGGAUAUUACAUUUCAUCAGAUGUUUUCAACAAAUUCAAGAAUAAAAAGGGAGAAUUCGAUGAAAUAAUUGUUGUUCAAGAUGUUGAAGGAAUGUGGAGCUUGUAUGAAGCUGCACAAUUAAGGGUUCAUGGAGAAGAUAUAUUAGAGGAAGCACAUGAAUUCACAUACAAUAAACUUAAGUCCAUGAUCAAUCAAUUGAAUCCAUCUCUUGCUGACCAAAUCAAUCAAAGCUUAAGGCUGCCUCUUCACAAGACAGUUUCAAGGAUACGAGCAAGGUCAUAUAUGUCAUUUUACAAAGAAAAUCCUUCCCAUAACAAAGUUCUUCUCGCUCUUGCGAAAUUAGAUUUCAAUAUGCUACAAAGUCUACAUCAAAACGAAAUUGGUAAUAUCACCAGGUGGUGCAAAAAAACAGGCUUUGCGACAAAGGUUACUUAUGCUAGAGAUAGGGUGGUUGAGUUAUUCUUUGGGGUAGUAUGCAUAGCUUCUGAGCCAAAAUAUAGUACUUGGAGAUUGAUAUUAGUCAAAUUGCUUUUAUGUAUAUCUCUUCUUGAUGAUACUUAUGAUGUCUUUGGCACGUUUGAAGAGCUUCAACUCUUGACUGAGGCAAUCAAAAGAUGGGAUAUUAAUUACAUUGCUUCUCUACCAGAGUGCUUCAAAGUGGUUUUUAAUGCAUUUGUAGAAGAAUUAUUUGUUGAUAUAGUGUCACUGACUACAGAGAGUGGAAGAUCAAGCUCCGUGUUGGAAAAUGUUAAACAAGCUAUAUCUACAUUGGCACAAGCCUUCUUAAUUGAAGCAAAAUGGUGUCAUGAGCAACAUAUUCCAACAUACGAUGAGUACAAGGUUAACGGAGUUCAAACGAGUACAUACCCUCUUAUGCUAACAACCUUUAUUGUUAUGCAAGACUUUGCUACCAAAGAGAUGCUUGAUUGGAACUUCAGUAAUCCCAAAAUCAUAAAUGCUGUUUCACUAAUUCUCAGACUUGGAAAUGACUUAUCCUCACAUAAGGUCGAGCAGGAAAGAAAGCAUGUUGCAUCUGCAGUUGAAUGUUGCAUGAAACAAUAUGGCAUUUCACAGGAAGAGGCCUACAACUUCAUUUCCAAGGAAAUAAGUGAUUGUUGGAAGGAUAUAAAUGAAGAGUGCCUAAACUCACAUGAUAAUAUUCCAAAGCCCGUGAUUAACUGCAUUCUUAACUUGGCACGUGCAAGUGAGAUGGUUUAUGAAAACUUCGAGGAUAAAUACACAAACAAUGAACUUCUAAAAGAUCACAUCGCGGCUCUCCUUCUGGAUCCCAUCAUCAUCUAG